CAGCGUAAGCCAAUCGGGUUCGCCUAGUGAGCGAACGUCCCGUUACGUAAUUAAUAUUCAUGAGCUACGCCUUCCCCGUAGUAGGGUUCGUCCAGCGGGGUUCGGUGUGUCCGGUCCGGGGCGCUGUUGGGCUGGAUUUCACGGUUGGAGACUCAUCUUUGGAGGCAUAUUCUCUCUUUCAUUACUUUCUUCCCUGAUCCGCAGUGUUUGUUGAGCGUCUGCCCGACUGGAUCUGCUUCAUCAUGGCCGUCUGAAUUCAGAUCCAAAUCCCAGUCUGAUCCCCUUUUCUCAAUCAUCCAUCCCGAUCGCUCUGGGAAGCAUUUUUUGGGGAUUUUACUUCAUUUGUGCCAAUGUUCAAACAUGCAGCCUCCGCCAAGAAAGGUAAAAGUGACACAGGAACUGAAGAACACGCAUACGGAGCAGCUCGGCCGCCUGCACCUCAAACACCAGACGGAAUGUGAUUUAUUGGAAGAUAUGAGAACCUACAGCCAGAAAAAGGCCACGCUGGAGAGAGAUUAUGCGCAGGCCCUGCAGAAGUUGGCGAGUCAGUAUUUGAAGAGGGACUGGCCUGGGAUCAAACCAGACGACCAGAGGACAGAUUACAGGAAUGUAUAUGGAGUGUGGCGGGCUUAUCUUGAAGGCACCGUGCAGGUGACCCAGUCUCGACUCAAUGUCUGCGAGAACUACAAGAACGAGAUCUCGGACCCCGCCAAAACUUUACGCCUCUACAAAGAACAGCAGCUGAAAAAGUGCAUUGAGCAGCUGGGUCGGAUCCAGGCAGAGCUCCAGGAUUCAGUGAAGGAUCUGGCCAAGUCCAAAAAGAAAUACUUUGAGCUGGAGCAGAUGGCCCAGGCUGUGCGGGAAAAGGCCGACAUUGAGUCCAAGUCGAAGCUGGGUCUGUUCCAGUCCCGGAUAAGUUUACAGAAGGCCAGUGUGAAGUUGAAAGCCAAGAGGAGCGAUUGUAACUCCAAAGCAACCCACGCGAGGAACGAGUAUCUUCUCACAUUGGCGGCUGCCAACGCACAUCACGACCGCUACUACCAGACCGACCUGGUCAACUGCAUCAAGGGUCUGGAGGGGAACAUAUACGAUCAUGUGAAGGAUUAUCUGAUAUCCUUUUGUCGGACCGAGCUGGAAGCUUUUCAAGCCGUCCACAGCACCUUCCAGUUCCUGCUGGAGAAGUCCAGUCGAGUGAUGCAGGACUUCAACCAGCAGCUGUUCCUGCAGGAGAACCCAGUGUUUCACAAAGCACAAGACUUCCAGUUCCAGCCCAGCGAUAGCGAUACAAGUCGACAGCUGGAAUCGGAGACGGGAACCACCGAAGAACACAGUCUCAACAAAGAAGCGAGGAAAUGGGCCACACGUGUGGCUCGCGAACACAAAAACAUCAUCCAUUACAAACGGGCUCUAGAGGAAUGCGAGACGCUCGGGACUCCGCCCACGGAACAGAGCCGGAAUGAGCUGGAAUUCCGAAUAGAGGAGGCCAAGGAGAGCGUCCGCAAAGCAGAGACGCUAAAGCUGAAAGCAGAAGCGCGUCUGGACCUCCUGCGGCAGGUGGGAGUUUCUGUGGACACGUGGCUGAAGAGCGCCUUGAACCAGGUGAUGGAAGAGCUGGAGAACGAGCGCUGGGCCUCGCUGCCCCCCCUCACCACCCACGACCUCUCUCUGUCGACCACGGUGGAUUUGGACAGAGAGGAAGGAGAAGAAUUAGAAGAGAACAUGGAGACAUACGACGACAGCAGCUCGAGUCCUUCAGGAACCCUGAGGAACUACCCGCUCACCUGCAAGGUGUUCUACUCAUACAAGGCCUCUCAGCCCGAUGAACUAACCAUCGAUGAGCAUGAGAUGUUGGAGGUUAUAGAAGAUGGAGACAUGGAGGACUGGGUGAAGGCGCGGAAUAAGUCCGGUCAGGUGGGCUACGUUCCAGAGAAGUACCUGCAGUUCCCCACAUCCAACAGUGUCCUGAGCAUGCUCCAGUCCCUCGCUGCUCUGGACGCACGCUCACACUCCUCCAGCAACUCCACUGAGCCUGAGCUGGCAUCAGGCAGCUUCAACGGAGACAGCAGCAUGAGUUUUGUCAAGGCCAUGUACGACUACGAGGGUCAGACGGAUGACGAGCUGUCAUUCCCUGAGGGAGCCAUCAUCCGCAUCCUCAACAAGGACAACCAGGAGGACGACGGAUUCUGGGAGGGCGAGUUUAACGGACGAGUGGGCGUCUUUCCGUCCGUGCUGGUGGAGGACCUGACCGCCUCAGAGAACGGAGACACUCACUGGGGAACAGACACACAGGUGUCCCCGUGCCAAAGGCUUCAUUCAUCGCUUCCUCCUCUGCCUCUGUAUGAGCAGCCGCCCUGCAGUCCGUACACGAGCCCCGAGACCAGCAGCGCUCCCUCGCUGCCCCGCUCGCCGUCUGUCAACGGAGAACUCAAACUGCCCAUCCCGCAGAAAGCCGCCAUUCAUAAUCACAAUUCCAGCUUGAGUCCAGAGAGCCCAGGCUUCUCUCAGCCGCUGAGAGUCACUCCGGACGGAUCCGGCCCCGGAAAACUCAGACCUGUUCGGGCGGCACCUCCUCCUCCAAAGCAGCACACGCGCCGACAGGUGGAGAAAACCGAAGAGGUGGAGAUCACGCUGGUGUAGAGCGCCGCCCUAGUGGACUGAGAACAAACCCCAUCUGACCUCUAACCCCUCCCACUCCUCACGGAAGGGGCGGGGCGUGUGUUACCCGCCCUAUGAGCAUCCUUAGAUCCCGAAGGGGCGGAGAACAGCAUCUCAAAGGCAUCCCUUUUCAUAAAAACAAACACCUCUUUUGGCGUCACAGACUGUUUGGUGCCUUAAACCGCUUUCAUGCCAAACUCUAAUCCUUGUAUUCGUAAUUACGUUAUCUUGCAACGGGAGCUUGUUUAAAACUUUGUUAAUCCACUCGAUGCCAGUUAAUUUUCACAAAAUUGAGGUUGAUGUGUAAGUGUGUGUCUAAAAACGUAGAAAGGAAUCAAGGGAUAGCGAGAGUUUUAAAGAGGCUACACUUUUUACGGCUUUAGAAGAGCCAAACAUGCGAUACUAGGAAUUGUGGGAUGAUACGGGAGUGAAAAAGGGGUCAGCCACGAAUAGUCCUACCAUUUACGUAUUUCAUAUGUAAUAGCACAGUACAUUACUGUCGUCAUAGGAAUGUUAUAUUCACGUUAAACAUCGCAGAUCAUAACGGAGAAAGGGAACUGUACAUAAAAGGCUACAAGGAAAAAGAGCGGUAGAGGAGAACGAGGGUUAAAAAGAGAGGAAGGCUGGUUACUUCACUCGGUUUAGCUUCUUUCUGUCUUGUGUUGAUCUGAGAAAAGUACUAACAACAUAGCUAUAUCCUUUUCCUCAAAUUGUCAUUAUGAAGACCAGUGUUUGUAUGUAUUACUAAUAUUUAGUCCUCAGAAACACGCGACCUAAAGACACGUCUGUGAGCGUGAGGCGGCGAAUAUUCUGCGUCUGCUCGGGCGGAACGUAAUCGUGGAAAUAUACCGAUCAAUAUACAAGUAUCAGUUAAAGUGCUUUUCCAGCCUAACGCAUUUCUCAUUGUCAUGUGUCGGCACUGUAGAGGACUGAACGGAUGUGCUGUGUUUCUUUUAUGGCAGAGUUUAGGGUGAAUGUGAUGGGAAAGAUUCCCACCAACAAGCACAGAAAAGGUGGAUCACCGUGGAGAUUUUUCUUUUUAAUUAUUGCCGACGAACGCAAACCUAUUAUCGUGUCCUAAGUGCAUUUCCUCCCUACAAGGGGCAGCUAUGUUUGUUUUUUUAAGAGUUUCUUUGUCUUUUUUUUUGCAGUUGAAGAGACAUUUCAUUUUAAAUAAGCAAUGGCUGUAUGAUUUAUGAUUUGCAUUCAUUUCCACAGUAUUUUCAUGCAUAUCUUGAUCUUUUUCUGGAGUUUCAGUGCUUUGACCUCUUAAUUUUAUCUUAUUUUUUUAAUGUCCUUGUGUCCCAGCUGCCUCUUUUGGAUGAUGAAGCUGCCCAGCGUCGUGUUAUUGAUCUCAUUAGAGAGUGACUGAUUGUAGUUUUCCCAUAACGUUUGAAAGAGAACAGAGUUAUUAUGAUGAUUCCAUAAUAUAGACAGUGGAAAGAAUUUUUAAAAAUCCAUUUUGUGAAAUGGUACCAUAGUUCUGUUAAGCAAGAACAGGGUCAUGACGAAAAGAACGUGUGCGAGACGUGGGAGGAAAAAAAAACAAAACGUUUGUUUGGUAGCCUUUUUUUAAUCCGAGCGGAAGAUGUUUGAGUAUCUUCCUUUGUUUCUAUUUUCCUCUGUCACAACCUAUUUUCUUGUUGAUCUCGUUGAGAUCUUUUGAAUGUUAUCAAACUUGUUUUGAAGUUUAUGGUUAGAGGUUAAAGCCCAUUGUGUCAAAAACGGUUCUCGCCUACGAAGCGAACGCAAAUUUUGAUAUUUUCAUUUGCAUUUUUUUUCAAUUGCGCUCCCAGUUUUCUUGGCCAGUUUCAAUCUUUGGAGCUUCUUCAAUAGCAUUAGCUGCAUAUUCUAGUUCUUUUUAUUUCUAAAGUGAUUUUAUUUGCGUUUAUUAAAAUUUGAAGGUGAUUCCGAGCUGCUAGACAAAAAAAACAGAUGGAAUAACAACAAUUGACUGUUGCUGCAGUGACAAUAUCAGAGAACAGGUGAAAAAUAUUCUUUCUGCAUAUUAUUAGCUGUAAAAUUAUUUGUAUUUAUUGUGUACAAAUGUUAAAUAAAAAAACUGGGGAAAGUGA